UUUUAGUUAUUUUCUCAUUUAAUUCCACUUUUGGAAAAACAAUAUUUAUCUUAUCAGUAGAUAUGUCCCAUGGUAUUCCCAAAAUUUUAGGCUUAUUCUUUUCCAGCCUAUCUUCGAGUGGGAAACUUUCAUUAAGCUCCAUAUUAUUACUAAUGAAUUCUCUCAAAUUCAUUUGUGCAUCUUUAAAUAUCUCUUUUAAUCUUUUGUAUGCGAGCCAAGCUUCAUUGGCCGAUUCUACUCCAAUAAAUAUAUUAUCCACAUAGGAAUUUUCUUUAGCAAUCUUUGCAACUGGGUCAUCACACUUCU